UGGUGAUGAAAGCCCGGAAGAAGAAUAAUUGGUGCAAGCCAUUCCUCCAUUUGACCUUGGUACCACCUUGAGAACAUAUCCGGGAUUUCUUUUUUACAACGUUUUGUCUUCAUAUUCAGGAUUGCCGUCCCAUAUGCCAAGAAUAAAUAAUUCCAAGCUCAUGUCGGCUUGAUUUUUAAGCUUCCAGAGAGCCCAGCCUGAAUAAAAAAGAGAGGAAAGAGAGUAGAACUGAGCUCUCUGAGUCUCUGGUCUGGGAUUGCCUUUGGCGACCGCCAUGUGAUUUAUCUGAAUGGGGCCUUGAUUUUAUGACAAAAUUUCACCCUGUUUGAGGUGAAACCACAUAACUGUAUGUGACUAUGUGUCAUCACUUAUGUGUUCCCAGAUGAACAUGGACCAGUUUAUUUACAAGCCAAUGAUGAAACAAGACAUAUUUACCUGGUUGGUUCAAUGUGUCAAAAGGCUGAAACAUUUAGCUUCAUACGAAGCUUUCAGCAAUGCAUGUCAAGCUACCAACUAUUUCAUAUUUUAAUAUUGCAGGAAAAUAUUUUCUGGCCCUAUUCAGCUAACAGCCCUAGCAUUAUGGGUUGGAUGAAUAAAAUUUUAAAAGGACCCAGCCUUAAAAUUUCAGGAGGCCAAUACCAUGGAAAAUCUGCGGAUGAUAAGUUGUGGAAUGAGACUUUUGGUUCCUGGGAUAUCCAGUCAGAGUCUGGAAAUGAAGAUAUAGAUCAUGCUAUUGCACUUUCUCUAUCAGAAGAAGAACAGGAAAAGGGAAAGGUGAUUGAUAACAAAUCUUAUGCGGAGGAAGAUGAACAGCUUGCUAGGGCUUUGCAAGAAAGUUUGAAUGUUGACUCUCCUCCCCGCUCUAAUGGCCAGACUGAUCAACCACCGCAGGUUUUAUUUCCCUCAGGCUUCAGGAUAUGUGCUGGAUGCAAAAAUGAAAUUGGUCAUGGGCGCUAUCUCAGUUGUAUGGGAUCUCUUUGGCAUCCAGACUGUUUUCGUUGCCAUGCGUGCAAUCAACCAAUAUCUGAUUAUGAGUUCUCUAUGUAUGAGAAUUUCCCAUAUCACAAGUCUUGCUACAGGGAACUUUAUUACCCAAAAUGUGAUGUCUGCAAGCACUAUAUUCCAACAAAUCGAAGUGGCCUUGUUGAAUACCGGGCUCACCCUUUCUGGCUACAAAAGUAUUGUCCCUCACAUGAGCUUGAUGGUACUCCUAGGUGUUGCAGUUGUGAACGAAUGGAGCCAAGAGACACAAAAUAUGUGACUUUGGAUGAUGGGCGAAAACUCUGCCUGGAGUGUCUGAAUUCUGCAAUAAUGGAUAACAACGAGUGCCAACCUCUUUACCUUGAUAUAAAAGAAUUUUAUGAAGGUCUGAAUAUGAAAGUGGAACAGCAGAUUCCAUUGCUUCUGGUUGAGAGACAAGCCCUAAAUGAAGCCAUGGAAGGAGAAAAGAAUGGGCAUCACCACAUCCCUGAAACCAGAGGUCUCUGUCUUUCGGAAGAGCAGACUGUUAGCACUAUUUUACAAAGGCCAAUAAUUGGGCCUGGAAAUAGAAUUAUAGAUAUGUUAACAGGGCCAUACAGACUGAUUCGACGGUGUGAUGUAACUGCCAUUCUUGUAUUGUAUGGUUUACCAAGACUACUGACGGGGUCAAUUCUGGCUCAUGAGAUGAUGCAUGCAUGGCUUCGGCUUAAAGGAUAUCGAGCCUUGAGUCCGCAAGUUGAAGAAGGCAUCUGCCAGGUGCUGGCUCAUAUGUGGCUGGAGUCAGAAAUCAUCUCGGGAACUGGCAGUAACAUUGCAUCCAGCUCAUCAUCCUCUUCAUCCUCAAAUUCAUACAAAAAGGGCCCAAGGUCUAAGUUUGAGAGAAAACUGGGAGAGUUCUUCAAACACCAGAUUGAAUCAGAUUCUUCAUCAGCAUAUGGUGAUGGCUUCAGAGCUGGCAACCGGGCAGUUCUUCGCUAUGGCCUCAGAAGCACCCUUGACCACAUUGGAUUUACAGGGAUUUUCCCCUACUGAUUGUGGACAUGAGCAUUUUGUUACUCAGAUGACAUUUAUUUCUUUGCCUUCAUACAGAAAGGAUGCCAAAAUUAUUUAUCAUAAAAGAAAAAGGAUGACAUGCAUGAGUUGCCAUACCUGUCAAGUUGUAAUUCCUUGAUGUCAACAGUAAAAAAAAAAAAAAAAGAGUUAUGUGCCUAGCCAAAAUGUUUUGUUAAACUGUGAAACUGUAGUUUGUAAGGUUUAUGUGCAUAUGAUGGCAUGAUAAUGACAUUGCUUGCACAA